AUGUCUUCCAAGAUACCUCCCGUGGUCUUGCCAUACGAUCUGGAGAAAGUAAUUCUGGAGCUAACUGCGAGGACAUAUCCCGAGCAAGCACCGAAACUAAGCCGGGUCUGCCGAUAUGUGCAGGAAUGGAUAGAGGCGAUCAUAUAUGAGACAGUCGUGCUUGAUUAUCCACCCUUGCGUACGGAGCUAUUCAUGAGGACCCUCCGACAGCGACCUGCGAUCUUCUUUGAAAGGAACGUCAAGCACCUACACUUGACGAGCUUCGUCGACUUAAGGGACGCAAGGGAGAUCGCAACAGUGUGCACGGGGACAAAAACUCUUGUCAUAUGGGGAGACGCUUCAAGAGAAGCCGACGUGCUUAUGAAAAACAACUUUCCGCCACAUCUCGAGCGACUAUCUUUGAAAAUGACACUCGUACGAGCCUUCCCGCCUGCAGCUGGCAUGUUCUCCAGCCUGUCGCAUCUGGAGAUCGUCAAUUCAAUGACUGUCGACUGCGAUGCGCUGUGCUCCGAGCUGCCAGCCUUAACACAUCUAGCCAUAGGGGAGAUUUAUUGGUGGAUCCAUCGCAGCAUGUUGCCGUCAUUCGAACGCCUUCUGGCCGACUGUCGGAAGCUCGAAGUUCUCGUCUUCAUAUCUUCUGAUGACAUGGCGCUGCAAGGACUCCGGAAGGCGGGAAUCACCCAGGAUGCAAGAGUAGUCAUCGUUCCCAGCCACCACUGGCCGAUGCGUCCCAGGGAGUAUUGGACAUCCGUACAACGAGGAGGGCCUGACUUCUGGGAUAUGGCUGACGAACUUGUCGUCGAGCGGAAGAAACAACUGUUGUCAACUGAACAGUAA